GAGCUGCGACUCUCGAAACAAUCCCCAAUGACGCGGUGGCGUCCGCUCGCCACUCGACGGCUGCCGGCGCAGCUCGCUGUUCCAUCUGUGAGCGGCAUCGUGCACGGCACGUUGGGAGAAAGACGCGACCAGGACUAACCAAAGCUGCUCAGUUACGUUGUCGUUGAGUUCAAGGUUCAUCACCCACCAUGGCGGACGAAGCGGACAUGCGCAACGAGCUGGCUGACCUGCAGACUCGUGCUGACCAGAUAGCCGACGAGUCUCUAGAGAGCACUCGCCGCAUGCUGGCUCUGGUGGAGGAGAGUAAAGAUGCUGGCAUCAGGACUCUGGUGAUGUUGGACGAGCAGGGAGAGCAACUCGAUCGCGUGGAGGAGGGCAUGAACAAGGUCAACGCAGACCUGAAGGAGGCCGAGAAAGAUUUAAAAGAUAUAGGCCAGUGCUGUGGGCUCAUAUGCCCGUGUAUUAAAAAGAUUAAGGGCGGGGGCCAAGCCUGGGGAAGCAACCAGGACGGCGUGGUCAACAGCCAGCCUGGCGCUCGGGUAGUUGACGAGCGCGAGCAGAUGGCCAUCAGCGGGGGCUUCAUUCGCAGGGUAACGGAUGACGCCCGCGAGGGCGAGAUGGACGAGAACUUGGAGCAAGUGGGCGGCAUCAUCGGCAACCUGCGUCACAUGGCCCUAGACAUGGGCCAGGAGAUAGACACCCAGAACCGCCAGAUCGACCGCAUCAUGGAGAAGGCCGACUCCAACAAGACCCGAAUCGACGAGGCCAACCAGCGUGCGACAAAGAUGUUGGGCAGUGGCUAAACUCCAGCACACUGCACACUGAAAACACACACACACACGCGCGCACACAAAUACAGAGAAACACGUAACCCCACCCCUGUAUCGCCUCUGCAAAAUGACGCUUCUGUUGUGAUACAUGUAGACGUUUGCACAUAUCAGCACUUAUUGUUAUUGUUCUGUGUUGGGUCCCCACCCCUCACUCCUCCUUUUUUGUAUAUAAUAUUCCAAGACUCUCAUCUUGACUGUUAUCUGGAUUUACUGACUAUAUCCAGAGAGAGAGAGAGAAUAUAUAUAUAUAUAUAUAUAUAUAUAUAUAUAUAUAUAUAUAUAUAUAUGUGAUGAAAUGUUGGCUUUCCAGUCACGUAAAAGCUGAUGCCACACACGUGUAUAUAUGCACUUUUGUCCUCAGGGAGCAAAACCAGACCAAAUUCCAAUCAUGAAAUCUGACGUUCUUAUAGAUUAUAAAAGAGCUUUUUUGCCAUUUAGCUUCAAGCACGUUCAGCUCCUCCUCUGCUUGCCCAUUAAUAAUUCAUUCGUUAGGACAAAAAUAUCCUAAUGUGCUAUAUAUGUUCAGAGGAGCGGCCCGUAUCUAUAACAAUUCCCUUGGCCUGAUCUGCUAAAUAGUGUCACUCUGUUUCAUCCUUUCCAGACUGUGAGCAAUCACUGCAAAAGAGUUGUACCCUAGGAAAUCAAAGCCAAUAAAACCUUCAAAACUAUAGAAACAAA